AUGGAGAUAAGCGGAACCUCCGCCCUGACCAUCUUCCUGUUCCUCGUGCCACUGCUGAUCCUUGUAUCAUCCUUGAGAGCCAACUCCAACUCCAGCUCCAAGAAGAGGCGGCCACCAGGUCCACGGGCGUUCCCCUUGGUGGGCAGCAUCCACCACAUGCUCACCUCGCAGCCACAGGCCGCACUCUGGGACCUCGCCGAGAGGCACGGGCCGGUGAUGCUCCUGCGGCUGGGGCAGGUGGACACCGUGGUGAUCUCCUCCCCCGCCGCGGCGCAGGAGGUUCUCCAGGGCAACGACCUCAGCUUCGCGUCGCGGCCGAGCCUCGUCGCCUCGGAGAUCAUCUGCUACGGCCACCUUGACCUCGCCUUCGCGCCCUACGGCGACUACUGGCGCGCGCUGCGCAAGCUCUGCGUGCUCGAGCUCCUCAGCGCGCGCAAGGUCAGGCACUUCGCGCCCAUCAGGGACAGCGAGACCAUGUCCCUGGUCGCCGAGAUCCGCGCCGCCGCCGCCGCCGACGGUGAUGGGGAGGAAGCUGCUACUUUUAACCUCGGCAAGCUGCUGGUGUCGUGCACCAACUCCAUCACGGGGCUGGCGACCUUCGGCGACGGCUGCAGCGGCGAGCGCAAGGAGCAGUUCCUGUCGGUGAUGGCUGUGGUGCUGAGCCACGCCUCGGGUUUCAGCGUCUCGGACCUCUUCCCGUCGCUGUGGUUCGUGGACGUCCUGACCGGGACGAUACGCCGGCUGUGGAGGGCGCACCGGCAGCUGGAUGAGCUGUUCGACAAGAUCAUCGAGGAGUGCGAGGCGAGGUGGAAGGAUGAGUCUGCAGCUGCAGGAGAUAAUCUUCUGAGCAUCAUGCUGAGGGUCCGGGACAACGAGGAGUUCGCCUUCCCCUUCGGCAACGCAAACAUCAAGGCCAUCAUAGUGGAUUUAUUCAUAGCAGGGACAGAGACAAUUUCGUCCACUGCCGAGUGGGUCAUGUCAGAGCUAAUCAGACAUCCAGAAUCCAUGGCGAAGGCACAGGCAGAGGUUCGGACAGCCUUCAACAACAUCAUCCCACAGCACCACGAGUCUCACAUGGACGCGCUACACUACACGAGGCUGGUGAUCAAGGAGACACUGAGGCUUCACCCGUCCGUCCCCCUCCUCCUGCCCCGUCUCUGCCGGAAGACCUGCGACAUCGGCGGCUUUGAGGUCACCGAAGGUUCUAGGGUGAUGAUCAACGCGUGGGCGAUGGCGAGAAGCCCCGAGUACUGGGGCGACGACGCCGAGGAGUUCAGGCCGACGAGGUUCGAGAGCAGUGUGGCUGACUAUCAGGGCACGGAGUUUCAGUACCUGCCGUUUGGCAGCGGGAGGAGGAUGUGCCCUGGCUCGGCGUUCGGGAUGGCCACGCUGGAGCUCGUCGUGGCGCGCCUCCUCUAUUACUUUGAUUGA